UUCAAAUGAAAAAAAUGUUUCCAACAAGACAUUCGGUGCCACAAGCUGGCCAAACAACAUUCAAAUAUACAAUAUUAGAAACCUGUGAACGUAUUAAAGAAGAAUUUAAUUAUCUUCAAGCACAAAAUCAUAGCCUCAAAAUGGAAAUUGAAAAAAUGGCACAGGAAAAAACUGAAAUGCAACGACAUUAUGUAAUGUAUUAUGAAAUGUCCUACGGAUUGAAUGUUGAAAUGCACAAACAGACCGAAAUUGCCAAACGAUUGAAUACAAUUAUUGUACAGAUAAUGCCUUAUCUAUCACAAGAGCAUCAAACACAAGUAGCAACGGCUGUUGAAAGAGCCAAACAAGUGACAAUGUCUGAAUUGGGCACGAUACUAAGUCAACAAUCGGGUAUCGCACAUCUUUUGCAAUUAGAACAGAUUCGUUCAGCAACAGCAACAGCAGCAGGGAAUACCAGCAGCCGCUGCCGCUGCAUCACAUCCAAAUGGUCCAGGAUCAUCAUCAUUAACGUCUAAUGCUAUAACUGGUAUAGGUCCAACUAGUUUAGCACAACAUGCUGCUGCAUUACAUUCAGGUUUACCAGCUGGUUCAACAACUGCUGCUGC